AUGUAAUUAUAUAUUUUUAUUAGUAUAAAAGCAUCGAUUUAUUUUCAGAAAAGAAAAAAGGAAAAAAAAAAAAGAAUUAAAAGGAUCAAAGGGGCACGAAAUUAGAGACGACGAAGAGUAGUCGAUUAUCAUCAGCCUUCUCUAGCUUCGUUCUCUCUCAAAAACCCUAACUUCUCUGAGACCGAUCGAAUCCGAUAGCGUGCGAUAAUGGCCAAUAGUAAUCUUCCCCGAAGAAUCAUCAAGGAAACUCAACGUCUGCUUAGUGAACCUGCUCCUGGGAUAAGUGCGUCUCCAUCAGAGGAAAAUAUGCGAUAUUUCAAUGUUAUGAUUCUUGGUCCUACUCAAUCUCCUUAUGAAGGAGGAGUUUUCAAGUUGGAGCUCUUUUUGCCUGAAGAAUAUCCCAUGGCAGCUCCCAAGGUUAGGUUUCUCACCAAGAUAUACCAUCCUAACAUCGACAAGCUUGGAAGAAUCUGCCUUGACAUACUGAAAGACAAGUGGAGUCCUGCACUACAAAUACGUACUGUGCUCUUGAGUAUCCAAGCUCUUCUAAGUGCACCAAAUCCAGAUGAUCCUCUGUCUGAGAACAUAGCUAAGCAUUGGAAGAGCAAUGAAGCAGAAGCUGUGGAAACAGCUAAGGAAUGGACUCGUCUUUACGCAAGUGGUGCUUGAAGAUUGCAAAUGGAAAAAGAACAUUGUCAUUUAAAUAACAUUAUAUGGUGAAACUCUAUCUCAAGGUUUUAUCUAAAUCCUUUUUCUGAAAACAGGGAAAAAAGAUUUGUACUCUCUGAAUUUGUAUAACUAGGGGGAUCUAAGUUUACCCAUAUCUGGAAUCUAACUUUCAUCAAUUGUGCUUGCUUUUGAUC